CAUUAUUAUCUGAUCUCCUAUUAAGUUUCACUCAUUGAUGUCUGAGCCAUCUUUAGCUUCUAUCAGUUGUACAAGAAACUCUUUUCUCUCUCUCUCUCUCAAAAACCACUGGAGAAAAAAUUGCAGGAAUUACAAAGAAAAAUCAUGUCUUCCCCAAGCAAACGUCGAGAGAUGGACUUGAUGAAACUGAUGAUGAGUGACUACAAGGUAGAGAUGAUCAAUGAUGGCAUGCAAGAGUUCUAUGUAGAUUUCCAUGGACCCCGUGACAGUCCUUAUCUCGGAGGAGUGUGGAGGAUAAGAGUUGAGCUACCAGAUGCUUACCCGUAUAAAUCUCCCUCCAUAGGCUUUGUUAAUAAGAUCUAUCACCCAAAUGUUGAUGAGAUGUCAGGUUCAGUUUGUUUAGAUGUUAUUAACCAGACUUGGAGCCCCAUGUUUGAUCUUGUAAAUGUGUUUGAAGUAUUCCUACCACAACUUCUGCUGUAUCCCAAUCCAUCAGACCCUUUGAAUGGAGAGGCUGCAGCUUUGAUGAUGCGUGACCGAGCUGCUUAUGAACAAAGAGUUAAAGAAUACUGUGAGAAGUAUGCGAAGGCAGAAGACAUUGGGGCUCCCCCAGAAGACAAAUCUAGUGAUGAGGAGCUAAGUGAAGAUGAAUCUGAUUCCAGCGAUGAGCAAGUGGCAGGCAAAGCAGAUCCAUAGCUGUUCAUUGCAUGUCCUUUGAACUGUAUCUUUAUCUGUACAUGGUGUUUUAGCUUUUGUUAAUUCAACCCCCAACUACAAAGAAUAGACUUGUUUAUUUGGUCGGGUAAAAGCUUACAACCACUUACUAUCCGCUCGUUGUAAAUAAAUAUUUGAAUUCGAUCGA